AUGCUGCCCGAUUCAACCCAAACCGCUCUGCUCAUGGCCAGCAUCACGGCCAGUUCUACGUUGACUGGGGUCCUACUUUCGCUAUCUUAUAUCAGCAUUCCAGCCCUCCUCAGCGUCGACCUCCCAGAAACUCACUUGAUCGACCUCUGGCGCACUGUCUACUUUCGCGGCUUCCGUCUCUCUCCUCCUCUGGCCGUCCCCUCAGGACUCGCCUGUCUUGCAUCUGCAAUGUUGUCUUCCCAAGUUGACAGCCGUUCAACAUCAUACCUCCUCACGGCAGCUCUCCUGAACCUCAGUGUUGUCCCGUAUACAAUCCUUUUCGUCUCGCCUACGAAUAAGAAAUUGAUGGCUAAGGGAGCUACUCUCGCGAAGAAGUCGACUGAAAAAAACAUCCAAAAUACGAGAGACGAUAUGAAUUCAAUCGAAGAGACCCGGAUGCUAUGUGCCCGAUGGGCUGCUUUGAAUUAUGGGAGGAUGCUUCUUCCUCUUGGUGGCAUGGUCUUGGCAUGGCUUGCCCUUUGA